AUGUCGAAACCUGACCUCAAGCACCCGUUCAUCCGGGAUUUGAAGAGGGGACCCGCCCAGGAUCGCUUCAAGCAGGUCCUGAAAUGCCCGUUUGGGAAGCACCAUUGCUGGUCCAAACGGGAGUUUCGGGAAUUGCACUGCUACGAGCAACUCUCCGCCGCCGUCACCAACCACCCAUGGCGUUGUCUGCUCUCCAUCUGCGAGAAGGUUUACUAUGAGCCCGUGCUUGAGUUCUACACGACCUUCAAGCACACACCCACGGACGAUUGGAGAGACGGUGCGGCGGUCAAAUUCAGGCUAGGCGGUGCCCCACGGUCCAUGAGCUACCCCGAGCUAGCCGAGGCUCUCGACCUCGACCUCGACGACGGUGCGGACUACGUCACCGAGGUCAACGACCCGCCGGAGGUGGACUUUAGGAGGCUGUACACCCGCCUGGCUCGGCCAGGCCAGACACGUCCCUUCUCGGCCGGGAAGACGAAGGCCACUACACUACAGCUCGACAACCGCCUUCUCCACCACCUGCUGGCAAAGUCUUAUACUCCAGCUUCAGACAGUGCCAGCGCCAUAACCAAGAGGGCCCUGUACCUCAUCCAGUCGAUCCGCCAGGACGACCAUCCCCUCCACUUGGGUUCGGUGGUGGCCAGGACCUUCGCGAAGACUGCUUCGGAAUUGAAGAGUCUCCACUGCACCCCCCUCAUCACCCGCCUGGCCACCUACUUCGGCCUUUCCCUGCAGGGGUGCACACAGCAGGGGGACACCAUCGUUUUUGGCAGGUCAACGAUCAAUCACAUGCACCUGCUGUGA